GAGGCGAGCGGGCUGCUGCCUUGCGUCCGCCGCGCUGUCCGCCCUCCUCCGCUCCCUCCGCCCUCCUCUGGUGGCCGCGCUGCCUGGGAGCCGGGAAAGCCGCUGCUCCAAGCCCGCAGCUCCGGCGCGGGGACCAGCAGCGAGGCGGGGGCGGCGAGAGCGCGGAGACCACAGGCCCCGGGGACAGGCGGAGGGGGGCUCUGGCCUGGGCAGGCAGAGCUGAGCGUGGGAGUGUUUGCGGGUGAGAUCCAGGGCUGCACCCGUGUUCUGCGCGGAGCCCGUCAACCCCAGCCCAGGUCGCCGCAGCCCGGGAACCUCCCCACCCGCGCCCCAAGGCACGCGCGGCACAGCCAUGAACACCAACGAUGCCAAGGAGUAUCUGGCCCGCAGGGAAAUCCCUCAGCUUUUCGAGAGCCUUUUGAAUGGACUGAUGUGUUCUAAGCCUGAAGACCCAGUAGAGUACUUGGAAAGUUGUUUAAAGAAAGUCAAGGAAUUAGGCGGCUGCGACAAGGUGAAGUGGGAUACAUUUGUCAGCCAGGAGAAGAAGACCUUACCUCCGCUCAAUGGAGGACAAUCACGGAGAUCCUUUCUAAGAAAUGUGAUGCCUGAAAAUUCAAACUUUCCAUAUCGGCGGUAUGAUCGUCUCCCUCCAAUCCAUCAAUUCUCCAUAGAAAGUGAUACAGACCUCUCCGAGACUGCAGAGUUAAUUGAGGAGUAUGAUGUUUUUGAUCCUACUAGACCUCGACCAAAAAUCAUACUUGUCAUAGGUGGUCCAGGAAGUGGAAAGGGUACUCAGAGUUUGAAAAUCGCAGAACGUUAUGGAUUCCAAUACAUUUCGGUGGGAGAAUUACUGAGAAAGAAGAUCCACAGUACCAGCAGCAACAGGAAAUGGAGUCUUAUUGCCAAAAUAAUUACAACUGGAGAAUUGGCCCCACAGGAAACAACAAUUACAGAAAUAAAACAGAAAUUGAUGCAAAUACCUGAUGAAGAGGGCAUUGUUAUCGAUGGAUUUCCAAGAGAUGUUGCCCAGGCUCUAUCUUUUGAGGACCAAAUCUGUACUCCCGACUUGGUGGUAUUCCUGGCUUGUGCCAAUCAGAGGCUCAAAGAGAGAUUACUGAAGCGUGCAGAGCAACAGGGGCGGCCGGAUGACAAUCUGAAAGCUACCCAAAGGAGACUAAUGAACUUCAAGCAGAACGCUGCUCCAUUGAUUAAAUACUUCCAGGAAAAGGGGCUCAUCAUGACAUUUGAUGCUGACCGAAACGAAGAUGAGGUGUUCUAUGACAUCAGUGUGGCAGUGGACAGCAAGUUAUUUCCAAACAAAGAAGCUGCAGCAGGUUCGAGUGACCUUGAUCCUUCGAUGAUGUUGGACACAGGAGAGACCAUUGAUACAGGUUCUGAUUAUGAAGAUCAGGGUGAUGACCAGUUAAAUGUAUUUGGAGAGGAUACCAUGGGAGGUUUCAUGGAAGAUUUGAGAAAGUGUAAAAUUAUUUUCAUGAUUGGUGGCCCAGGCUCUGGCAAAGGCACACAGUGUGAAAAGCUGGUGGAAAAAUACGGAUUUACACAUCUCUCGACUGGUGAGCUCCUGCGUAAUGAGCUGUCAUCAGAAUCUGAAAGAAGCAAAUUGAUCAGAGAUAUCAUGGAACGUGGAGACCUGGUGCCCUCACGCAUCAUUCUGGAGCUCCUGAAGGAGGCCAUGUUGGCCAGCCUCAGUGACACCAAGGGCUUCCUGAUUGAUGGCUAUCCCCAGGAAGUGAAGCAAGGGGAAGAGUUCGGACGUAGGGUAAGCUACCCACACCUGGUGAUCUGUAUGGACUGCUCAGCAGACACCAUGACCAACCGCCUUCUCCAGAGGAACCAGAGCAUCCCUAUGGUAGAAAACAACACCACCACCAUUGCCAAGCGCCUUGAAACCUACUACCGAGCAUCCAUCCCUGUGAUUGCCUACUAUGAGAUGAAAACACAGCUACAUAAGGUAAAUGCAGAGGGGACACCGGAGGAAGUUUUUCUUCAACUCUGCACAGCUAUUGACUCUAUUUUCUGAAGGCAAAAAAAGCAUGCGCAUCAAGGAGAGUGGAGACAGAAAAAAUAUUAAAAGGCUCAUCCCUUAACACAA